AUGGCGGACUGCGUUGCGAAGAUCUUUAGGAGGCAGCACAGACUGCAUGUUUUUUCGGUCUUCAUCUGCAAGGGCCAGGCUCGCGUCAUUCGCUGGGACCGUGCCGGUGCCAUUGUCUCUACGCCGAUCGACUUUCGAGAGGACCCGUCGUUGCUCCACAAGGUCAUCUGGCGAUACGCGUGUAUGACCCAAGAGCAGCGUGGCUUCGAUCCAACUGUGGUUCGGGCCACCAAGAAAGAAAUCACUGGUAUGUGGGGUUGCAACGCGCCCAAUGGGUGGGCCGACCUGUGCCGUCACGCCGCACUCGGGCAGCCUGGGUGGCCGGUCUACAAGAUCCGCAUGCAGCCCGCCGACCUCGUAGACGAACGCGAGCUGCAGCCCAUCAUCGACGACAUCCAACAAGUUGAGGACGCCUAUCACGGCGAUGCAAGUGCAUCCUCAGACCAGGCAUGCUUUAUCGUUGGGAAGCGAUAUUUCGCCACUGAUUCUUUCAUGGGACGAGGAACGAAGUGCUACAUCGCCUACGAGGUAUCGCGCAACCGCCUGGUCUUUCUGAAGGACUACUGGCGCUCUAACACCCACACGACGAACCCUGAGGGCAAGGUAUUAAAGGAGUUGAGGGCCGCUGGUGUACAAGGCGUGCCCACGCCUGUGGCCGAAGGAGAUGUGCUGUCAACGUCGGGCUGUGUGCAAACGACGCUCACGCAGGCAUUGCUGCCGGAAGACGAAAACACCAAGCGUCGACCCGCAGUGCAACAUCAUUAUCGCUUGGUCAUUGAGGAAAUCGGUCGUCCUCUAGACAAAUUGACCAACGCACUCGAAUUGGUCGGAGCUAUCUAUGAUGCGCUCGAAGCGCACAGGCAGGCGUGGGAGAAACAAUACUUGCACCGCGACAUCAGUGUGGAUAACAUUCUCAUCCUCGACUAUCGCGACGAGCCCGGUGAAUGGCAGUUUCUGGGUAUCUUGAUCGACUGGGAUCAAUGCCAGUUCGUGAAUUAUCACAAAGGGAUAUCACGUCCUGGGCGCGCAGGAACGUGGCAAUUCAUGUCUGCUAGGCUCCUCGCCAAUCCUGACAAGGAGCACGAGGUAUCAGACGACAUCGAGUCCAUCGUACACGUUCUUUGCUGGAUGUGCCUUCGGUUCUUCCGACACAGCUUUACCGGUGCACCUAACCAGCUGCGACUGCAGGUGGCUGCUAUGUACGAGGGAUACGACAUUGGAAGGGAUAACCGAGAGAUUGGCGGCGCCACGAAGAACGGUCACAUGCUAGCGGGAUCCACUGGUUUCAUCCUCAAAGCCGAGGGCAGCCCCCUCGGCGUACUCCUCGACAACCUCGCUUCGAUGUGUCAGGCACACUAUCUGGCUUUGAAAGCCCAGGAAAGCAAGCCUAAGCAACACUCCGCGCCCGUCACAAAUGGCGCCAUGUCGGCCGCCAUAUUGACCCGCGUCCGUAAGAAUCCUACAGUUCUGGAGGCCCCUGAAGCCCAGCCGUCAGCCCAGCCAACACCAUCUCUGAAGCUCUCCGAUCACACUGCCAUCCUCAUCAUCGUUGGUAACGCCCUGGAAACGGGAGCUGAGUCCUUGACGUCGCUGGAGAUGACGGAGGACCAGUUCGCCGCCUUUUACAAGUCCCCGGUACAGCAACGCAAUCGCGAGCGCUCGAGCCAAGUGUCCUCGGGAUCAAAGCGAGAGUUGGAGGGUCCAGCACAGGAGGGAAGGUCUAGCCGUUCGAAACGAGCCAGGACCGCGACGUCGGGAGAAAUAUCGUCGUCAGCCGAGGAGUGA